AUGUUAUGUCAGGAAGCGGACGCCUUUGCACAAGAUGACAAAGAUAUCGGGUGCAUCAAAUUACACAUGAAAAUCAACUUGACGGACCAUGAACCAGUACAGAAGAAUUAUCUUUCCAUCCCACGACCGUUAUACCCAGAGGUAAAAGCAUACAUCGAGGACCUGCUAAAUAGAAAUUUCAUCCGGAAAUCAAGAUCACCAUAUUCUAGCAGUGUGGUGUGUGUACGAAAGAAGGAUGGUGGGAUGCGCUUAUGCGUGGAUUAUAGAAGUUUGAACAAGAAAACGGUUGCGGAUCGUCACCCGAUACCUUGUAUACAAGAAACAUUGGACAACCUUGGUGGGAACCAAUGGUUUCGUGUACUUGACCAAGGUAAAGCUUAUCAUCAGGGUUUCGUUGAUAGGCAGAGCCAGCCAAUGACAGCUUUCAUAACCCCUUGGGGUUUAUACAAAUGGAUAUGGAUUCCAUUUGGGUUGACCAACGCGCCAGCAAAUUUUCAGAGGUUUAUGGAGAACUGUCUCGACGACUUAAGGGAUAAUAUCUGUAUACCGUAUUUGGACGAUGUUAUUGUCUACUCUAAGACUUUCAGCGAACACUUACACCACCUACAACAAGUUUUGCAAAGACUGAAGGAAUAUGGCGUCAAGCUAAAGCCGAAGAAGUGCAAAUUAUUUAAGAGAGAAGUGACAUUCCUUGGGCGAAUCAUUUCAGCAAACGGAUACCGAAUGGAUCCCAAAGCAACAGAGGCGGUAACGAAAUUGAAAGGAGUUGGACCCAAAACUGUCGGAGAAGUAUGUAAAAUAAUGGGUCUUCUUCGUAUAUCGAUGUUCAAUAGCGAAUUUCUCAAAAAUUGCUAAACCACUAUAUGAUCUGUUGAACUGGGACAAGAAACUGGAGAAAGCAGAGAAGACUUCAAAUGUGACUAAACGAAACACGAGCAAGAAUUCCAACAAUCAACGAUCGUCAAAUUCACCUAUACAAUGGACGCAAGAACAUGCUGAUAUACUGAACAUCCUAAUGGAACGAAUCACGUCACCACCUAUCCUUGCAUAUCCUCAAUAUACUGAACCGUUUAUUGUGAAUACGGAUGCUUCGCAGGAUGGAUUGGGUGCAGUACUCUACCAAAAACAAUCUGGUGUUAUGAGAGUCAUUGCCUAUACCUCGAGAACGUUAAGUCCAGCAGAAAACAACUACCAUCUCCACUCGGGUAAGCUUGAGUUCCUGGCGUUAAAAUGGGCGGUGACGGAACAGUUCCGCGAUUACUUAUACUACGCACCAGAGUUUACUGUAUUUAUGGACAAUAAUCCACUCACCUAUGUUCUAACCACUGCCAAAUUAAAUGCCACGGGAUUAUGCUAAGUGGGCGAGUUAUCUGAUUUCAAUUUCAACAUUAAAUAUCGUCCCGGUGCAAGCAAUACCGAUGCUGACAGUUUGUCUCGACUUCCUGGAUACUUUGAACAGUAUAUGGCGUCGUGCACUCAAGCAGUUUCGCAGGAAGAGCUAGGAGCUACUAUAACAUCCAUCUGUGCUCAGGGCAAUGGUGAUGUAACUUGGCUAUCAUCGCUUACCACUGAUCAAAGCUUGCUAUACGAGGAUGAAACGUUUCUUUUGCACAACCCUAGCUGUGGUCAAAUCAACGUCGUAGACAUUGCACAAGUCCAAGACAGAGAUCGAAACAUCAAGCGUGUAAUAGAUAUCAUCAAGUCUCGGCAAACUCCCACCUUGAAAGAACAAAAACAUGAAACAGCUGAGGUGAAACGGUUUUUAUUUGAAUUGCCGAAACUACGAAUUGACUCGAAGUCUAAUAUCUUGUACCAUUGGUCACAAGUGGUGCUCCCGCAAGAAUUCCGUAGACGUGUGUUCAAAGAGUUACAUGAGGACAUGGGUCACCUGGGAUCGGAGAGAGUCUUGGAUCUCGCGAGGGAACGGUUUUACUGGCCAUACAUAAGAAGGGUCAUCGAGCACUUUGUUACCACGUCUGCGGCUGCUUAAGACAGAAACGACCCAAUUUACCAACUCGAGAAUCACUUCAAUCCAUUACCACAACUUCCCCCUUUCAGCUUAUUGGUAUCGACUUUGUCCAUCUUGAACGUAGCUCGGGAGGUUAUGAAUAUAUAUUAGUAGUGGUUGACCACUUUACAAGAUACGCACAAGCAUAUCCUAUUAAAAACAAAGCGGGGAUUACGGCCACUGACAAGAUAUACAACGACUUUAUUCCCAGAUUUGGAUUUUCUGAACGAAUUCACCAUGAUCAGGGUAAAGAAUUUGAGAAUAACUUGUUCAAUAGGUUAGAGAAGUUGUCAGGAGUUGGUCAUUUGCGUACAACUCUCUAUCACCCACAAGGAAAUGGCACAGUGGAACGCAUGAAUAGGACACUUCUUGGCAUGCUUACAAGCCUUCCUGAACAACAUAAAUCAAACUGGAAAGAUCACGUUGCGAAGUUAGUACAUGCGUACAAUUGUACUCGUCAUCAAACAACUGGUUACUCUCUGUUUUUCUUGUUGUUUGGUUGAUCUCCGCAAUUGCCAAUUGAUCUUGCAUUUAAGAUGGAAAAGGCAAAUGAUCCAACCGGGUACCCUCAGUACAUUGCCAAAUGGAAAACAGCAAUGCAGAAGCAUACGCGAAAGCUUCAACGGCAGCGAACAAGAACGCAAAACGGGGAAAGAAACAAUACAACAAGAAAGCUCGAUCAACAAUGUUAAAUGAAGGAGACAAAGUUUUGGUUCAUAAUCUCUCGCCUAGAGGAGGCCUGGGAAAGCUACGAUCUUUUUGGGAGGAGGAGGUGCACAUAGUGGUGUCAAGAAAAGGGCCAGACAGCCCUGUGUAUGAAGUUCGAUCAGAGUCCAAGACAACAAAAAAAAACCGUACACUACACCGAAACAUGUUACUCCCAUGUGAUUACCUCACAAGCGAAUCAGCCAAACCAAAACCUCGACAACACAGAAUACCUGUUCAAGACACAUCCAUUGGCGAGAACGUUGUUGACUCAUCCGAUGACGAAGAUGAAUUUCCUUCCGUGUCACGUCGGUUACGAGUGGAACUGCAAAAUUCGAGUGAUGUAAAACGACCAAUCGUGAAACAACCAGAAACUCAACAACACCAAUCAAGCGGGGUUGAGGAUAAUGUAAAGCUAAGCGGUUCUGAAGAUAAUACAGUUCAGGAACAACUUGUAGAUGGCGAAGACCAAUCUGAUGAAGCAGAACCCAAUAACGUUCCAAACAACGAUCCUGUAGCCGGCACAGAAGAAACAGUAGAUGCUAAUGUUGCAAAUCGUCCCCAGAGAAAUAGACAACCCCCACAACGUCUCAUGUAUUAUGUACCUGGACAUGCAGCCUGUUAUCAUUGUGGAGCCAUGAUUUUGCAAUUCCAGCAACCAAUCCCACAACCUUACCAAUUCCAGCAACCAAUCCCACAACCUUGCCAAUUCCAGCAACCAAUCCCACAACCUUACCAAUUCCAGCAACCAAUCCCACAACCUUAUCAAUUCCAACAACCAAUCCCACAACCUUAUCAAUUCCAACAACCAAUCCCACAACCUUAUCAAUUCCAACAACCAAUCCCACAACCUUAUCAAUUCCAACAACCAAUCCCACAACCGUAUCAAUUCCAGCAACCAGUCCCACAACCUUAUCAAUUCCAACAACCAGUCCCACAACCCUAUAAUUUCCAGCAACCUGUUCCUCAACUUUAUCAAGUCCCGAUGCCAACACAACAUCCAUGGUCUUACAACUACCACAUGUUUCCCAUGCAGUUGUGAUAGGAUACGAAGACUGAGUUGAAGUCAGUAAUAUCAUUAUAUUAUAUUGCUAUUUUAAAAUUAAAAGAGAAAAAAACUUGGUUGAAAGUUCCAUGUCCAAGGAUUUGUUGAUCCAGACUAUCUGAAGUAUUACGGAUACCUAAGAAAAUCAAUUAUAUUAAGAAGUUAUUAGAGACUCGGCAACGGAAAAGUCUGAUCAACCCAACCACUGUCCUAUUGGAAUAGGACGUUACGCCAAACGAACUGUGAUGUAAACGAAGACUGAUUUAGAGUUAAAAUAGAUACUCGCAAAUAAGACAAAUGCCACAGGAUGCCAUUUGUUUAGUGGGGGAGAGUGUUAGACAGUGUUCGAUGAACAGUUAGUAUAACAUGACGUUUAUAGAAAUGCGAUAGGGUCAGUAGGACCACGGGUGAAAAACGUAAUGAGCCUGUUUAAGUAAACAAAACGAUAUAUAUAGUUUUUAAAGGUUUUACUUUGUAUGUUAAAAGUAAAAUAAAAGUGGACAAACCAAGAAAGAGUAUGGUGGCCUAGGAAUGCCAUUAGAAAUAUCUGUUAACAAUUGCAUAUUUUGUAUGAAAAAAUUUAAAAUGAAAAAAAUAUUAAAUAAGAAAAAUAAAAUAAAUAUUAAAUAAAAUAUUUUAAAAAUAUUAUAAAGUUUUUUCAAAUUUUAUCCUAAUUUUUUUGUUGUUUUUAUUUCAAAGUGAAACAAAAAAAAGUAGAUAUGGCCUAUCAGUGCCAUAAUUUUUUUUUGGAAAAAAAAAAAAAUACCAGUGGCCUAUGAGUGCCAUAAUUUUUUUUUUGAAAAAAAAAAUUACCAGUGGCCUAUGAGUGCCAUAAUAUUUUUUUUUGAAAAAAAACAUUACCAUUGGCCUAUGAGUGCCAUAGACCAUAAUGCAAUUCAGGCUUCAAAGAGAGAGGGUAAAUAAUAAAUAUGGCUGCCGACCGCAUCAGAAAUGGCGAUUGGAUAGGUGACCUCGAGCUCAAAAUGACUUAACCGAUUAUGUAAAGCGAAAUUGGCGGAAAAAGGAGAUAUUGGACUUUAUUCAGACAAAGUACCCCAUGUACGCUUGGAGUGAGCGGACUUUGUCCCGCAGAUUACAAUAUUUUGAUACUAAAUUCACUGAUUACGAGGUAGAUGUUGCUACUGUAGAGGAAGCAGUAAGGAGAGAACUAGAGGGCCCUGGACAACUUCUCGGAUAUCGUGCAAUGCAACAAAAGUUACGGGAGGUUCACGGUCUCAGUGUACCUAGAGAUCUCGUGUACGCAGUGAUGGGGAAUUUAUGUCCUCAAGCACUAGAAGCUAGAGGGGGUGUAGGAAAGGCAAAACGACCCAAGAGGAAUAGUUCUUUUGUCACAGGGGUAUGUAUUUCGUUAAAAAAUGAAACGUGGAGUGAAGUCAGUAUGAAUUGCUAAAUAAACUUUCUUGUUCUAAAAAUCAAUAGGGAGCAGACUGUACUAUGUCUCUGGACGGCCAUGAUAAGCUCUGUGGCUAUCAGAAUUCUACAUUUCCACUCUGUAUAUAUGGUGGGCAAGACACAUACACUGCUCGCAUCAACUUUUUAAGAAUUUGGACAACAAACAGCAAUCCAAAAAUUAUUGGAAGAUUUUACAUGGACUAUCUUUGUGAAAGAAGAGGUAUAAAACCUGCAUUGGAAUGUUUAAAACUGAAUUAUGCAUCAAUCAAAUCCAAGCAUGCACACCCCCCCCCCCGGGCUACCCCGGGGCAUUUUCCUAUAAAGCACGUCCCGGGGGUUGGGCAUUUGAACUCAAACCUUUGCCCGGGGGCAGGGCAUUUGAAAUUAAGAAUUUGGAUGUGCACUAUAGUCGCUAAAGCAUGAUGAAAACGCGCUAGAGUAUGACGUACAAUGCUUGGUAGCCUGCAACACAGGCGAAAUACUUGGGUGAUAUACUUGGCCGAUCGAAGAAAGUAUUCUCAUUUAUAUUUUCAGGUAAUUGGAUAAUCUGCUCUUCUUAGCGAAACAGUCCAGCUGUCCCCGGGGUGGUGGAUUUGCUACUGAUUUUUUACCCCACUGCCCGGCAUUUUCACGUGUUUUUUAUUCCCGCCCCCCGGGAAUUGUCAAAAUCCCAGGGGUUUGCCCGGGGAGGGUGAUGGGCACGCUUGGAUUUGACUGAUACAUUACAUCCGAAGCUACACAUGUUUACUGCCAUUGCUUUGGCCAGACAAUUACAUUUUCUGGCCAAUAAACAUGCUGUACUGGUUGGCUGCUCUGCCCACUAUGCCAGUAAACUGCAUAUUUUGCAUAAAAAAUGAGGACGCAAUUUGCUUAAAUGCAACCAAGCUCGCGACAUGACAAGGCCGAUAACGUGUUGUUUUUAGAUUUAGUUUUCAAAAGUACCUUUUCACAUUCGUAUAUUUGGGGCCUAUCCAGGUUUUGCUGAAGGUUUAGGAUUGUGAGGGUUUCAAACAUUUUUUGACCCAGUCAGCUUCCGAUAAUGGAAGUGGUCCUGCGGGUUGCAAUGUAAAAAGUUGAAUCUGAUGGUUCGUUAUUAAUUGAUUUUUUCUAUGUACGUAUAUAGUGUAUUUGUCUGACAUUUAGGGAUCGCAGUAAUUGGUGCAAGCUGUUAUGAUUGCCCUACCAGUUUUUUUUGUGUUAAUGUUGUUUAAAUCUGGCAAAGUUAAUAAAUUAAUUGAAUUAAUUUAAUUAAAUUAAUCUUUCUAAUUUCUAAUAGUUGUUUAAUUAAAGCUAUACAUGUUCUAAUUUUGAAAAAAAUAAAAUCAUUGUAAAUAUUAUGAUUACUGGUUUAAUUUAAUUUGUUCUCAUUGCAUCAUUUGCAUAGUGCUUCCCCUAAAUGUAAGAGUGGACAGAGGGACAGAAACAGGAAUAUUAACCACAAUGCAUUGCUUCCUACGAGAGAAGUUUGAAGAUCUUGAUGAUCCAACUGAUUCUGUUAUCUUUGGGCCAUCUACCCAAAACAAGAUUGAAAGGUGGUGGCGUGAACUUCUUGAAAGAAUGGAGAGGUUCUUCAAGAAUCAAUUAUCAUCACUGGUUGAAGAUGGAAAUUAUUGUCCCGAUGAUGCAACCGACAGGUGAUAUGGAAAUUUACUGUCUCUUUUUGCUAAAUCUUGAGUAAUUUUAUGAUUCCAUAAUGACCCAAAAAUUAUCCUUUACAGUACUCCUUUACGGUGCAUUGGGUCGUUCCAGAAAAGAUCCACACUCCCCUCACGGAGGAAAUUUCUGCUGUCCGGAGGGGGAGGGGAGAAAAAAUUGUUUCUGAUAAUAGUAAAUGUAUUAGAACAUCCGAAUGGGGUGGGGGGCGGGUGUUAACUUCCAAUUUCCUCCGUGGGGGUGGUAUGGAUGUUUUCUGGAAUGACCCAUUGCAUUUUUAAAAAGGUCUUAUACUCUACCAAAUUUGUUGAACACAGUUAGAAGGCAUAGAACUGCAAAUGUUAUAUCUAUCUAUCUAGGAACCUUUUGGCAUAUAUAUAUGUCCCUGUUCUGCAAAAAGAGUUGGACAUAUUUCGAGUAUCAGUGUGGAAUAAUCACCGAAUGCGUAAGCAACGAGACAAAGAACUACCUACUGGGGUACCAGAACACAUUUACCACUACCCAGAUGAAUAUGGAGAAAGGUGUGGGCUUGCCCUCACAGAUGAACAACUCCAAGAAGUGGCAGCAGUAUCAAGUGUUCUUGAUGGAACUAAUGACUAUUUAGAUGAAGCGUUCCGUAAUGAAUGUGAAAGACAUGUUCCUAACACUGAUGACAUUGAACCAUCACAAGCUGCAAAUGCAUACUUAUAUUUGAAAGCUAAUUUUGAUGAAGCCAUAAUGUAAAUAGUCCAGUUUUCACAUUUUACUGAUUAUUAAAAACAUUGAAUUGAACAUGGAAAUAUCUCAAAAAGAUCAAUGCAAAUCUUCAGUUCCAAAAAUAUCAACAUAAACAUAUUAUUUUAAAAGUUCUUAGCACUUUGGUUGUUUUUCCAACAGCAUCUAGACUAACGCAUCUAGACCAACAUCUAGACUAAUGCCUGUAUUCUAAAAGCACACUCACACUCGAUGAGUGGAGGUUCAAUAUGAGCUUCUCUUGAGUGUCAAUGAUGUUUUGGGGUAGCUGGAGGGUGAGUAGUCACAUAGUAAGGUACGACACUGACCCUCUAGCUAUUCAAACACAGCAAUGACACUCUAGAGAAGCUCAGAUUGAACUUCCACUCAUUGAGUGCGAGUGAGCUUUUAGAAUACGGGCAUAAGAGUGACUCAUAUCUGGCACACAUCAAUGUGAAUCCUGUGAUAGGCCCAGGGAGGGAGGGAGGGAGGCCAGGGUAGUGGAAGAUGGAAUUUUAACCCAAAGUCACUGCAGCAAUUUAAAUUCCUUUUCUUACACAGACCUUUAAUCCUCCCUCUGGGCAUAAAACAUUGAUAAGUGCAUAACACAACCACAACAUUAGAAUUUUACAUAUACAGUAUUCAAUGCCAGAUUAAUACCUUCUUAAAAUUUGUCAAUAACAUAGUCUAGUCAGAGUGAAUAGACAGUAAAUUACAGAACUUGUUGCAGCUGUGAUUGGCAAAGAAGUUUCCAAUGGCCUCAGUCGACAAGUUACCGAUACAGAAAAAUAGUGAGUCAUCUUUGGGAUCAGUUAGACCAGAGGAUGCAAUUUCUGGAUCACACAGUUGAUAAUCCACUCCCUGAAUGUCUGUGACCAUCAACUGCUUCUUUGAACGCACAUAAGUGUAAUGGACAAAUGCUUCAGCUUUUAACACAAUUUCAGAUGCUUCUUCUCCAGCUUGUAAACAUAUCUCCCCAUCAUUGUUGAUAAAUUUCUCAAAUGUCCCCUCAAGAAAUGUUUCCAGAGUAACAUAUUCCUCAUUUAGAACCGAGUAGUACACCUUGUUGUAACGGAAGGUCGAGCCAAAUUCCAAGCAUGGUACUUCCGAGGCCAUGUUUUGGGCAAAGUUUCUUGCCAGAGCAUUGAGCUGUACAGCUUUCCUCGUAUGUGCCUCAAGCGAUCCAAAUAAUUCUGUGAUUUCGUCGGUUUUAUCUUUCAAAUAUUUCUUCAAGACGUAUUUGCCAGUAGGAAGGCCACUCAAUACAUUCGCUACGUAAGCUUCUCGAAAUGAUCCUUUAGCAAAUGACAUUCUACGAAGGGAUAUUUUAACUUCAACAGGCAUUAACCAUUCCAUGUUAGCUAUCGAAAACUCCUCCAAAUGUAAUGUAAUUAUGUCAGAAUCCGGAUUUAUGACCUUUCCAAUUUUCAGCAUCUUACUAAGUGAAAUAGAUGGCGCCACAGACAUGUGCAAUCGUGAGCUCAAAUUUUCAGAUCUCGCCGUUACAUUUGUGUGCAUACUUCGUUUCUUUGGGCUAUGUUUGGUAGGCUCACUUUGACGGCUGACGGCAGGGACAAGGUUUUGAGCGCCUUCAAUGAAUCGCACGUGUAUCACUUUCCAAUUUUUUAUUUGAGAUGUGCUUGUAUACGAUGGGCCACGUUCACCAGCGAGUACAUCGCAUUCCGAUUCAGUAUCAAAAUGAACUUUGCAUGCAUCCUUAAUGGUUUCUAGUGUGGCUUCUUUGUCUUCAAUUGGCACCCAUGUCAAGGGUCCAAUUCGCGUGUACUUCUGACAUUUGCCUUCGACAUUGGCAGAUAAACGCUGCACGGUUAUACCACCUUCAACAUUAAAAGAUUGAUUUUUCUCGCCGUGAGAGUUCUUUCCUCUCUUUUUUGCGAUUUUAUCUUUAUAAUUAUCCCAGUUUUGGCGUCUUUUAGCCGACAUAUUUAUAAAUAUUUAUAUUCACAGAACUGCAGAUACCUUUUACUGUAAAUAUAAAACUAAAAAGCGCGUGCUUUCAGGUCCAGGUUUGUUUCAAUUUCAAGGUGGCAAAUCUAAGGCAAACCGCCCGCCUGCGAACGGGCAUUAUGGUCCACCGUCUAUGGCACUCAUAGGCCACUGGUAAUUUUUUUUUUCAAAAAAAAAAUUUAUGGCCCUCAUAGGCCACUGGUAAUUUUUUUUUUCAAAAAAAAAAUUAUGGCACUCAUAGGCCACUGGUAAUUUUUUUUUUUCAAAAAAAAAUUUAUGGCACUGAUAGGCCAUAUCUACUUUUUUUUUGUUUCACUUUGAAAUAAAAACAAAAAAAAAAUUAGGAUAAAAUUUUAAAAAACUUUAUAAUAUUUUUAAAAUAUUUUAUUUAAUAUUUAUUUUAUUUUUCUUAUUUAAUAUGUUUUUCAUUUAAAUUUUUUUCAUACAAAAUAUGCAAUUGUUAACAGAUAUUUCUAAUGGCAUUCCUAGGCCACCAUACAUGUUCUCUGUUCGUUGAGAAGUUCAUAAUUCUCAGGACACGCUUCUGAAGGACUAAAAUUUUAUUAAUAUACAUUUGAGCUGCUUGACCCCAAACUACUAGUCCAUAAGUUAAAUAUGGAUAUAUAAGAGAACGAUAAAUGUUCAGUAAAAUUGGUAGGGGUAAAUAAUACCUUAAUCUUGAUAUUAUGCCGAUUGUUUUGCUAAUCUUUAAACUAAUAUAAUCUAUGUGCGCUUUCCAAGAUAAAUUGCUGUCCAAUAAAAUACCAAGGUACUUAAUAAGUCUUUGAUUCAAGCGAAAUCCGAGUACCAGAUUUAUGAUCGAAGACUUUGAGAUUAGGAGUAUAAUCAAGCUUUUUUUAUGAGAAAUGAAAUAAGACAUAAUUCGAUUUCUUAAUAUUUAAGGUCAGUUUAUUUGCAAUUAGCCAGUCAGAAACAUGUUCCAAUUCUUUAUUGACAACUUUCUGAAGUGAUUUUAAGUUUUUGUCUGCAUAGAGUAUAUUAGUAUCAUCAGCAAAAAAGGAAAAAUGCAAAUUAUAGAUGAAUAAUGCAUAUCAUUAAUAUAUAUUAAAAAAGUAUAGGCCCUAGAACUGAGCUUUGUGGAACACCGCAUAAUACGAGCUCUUUAUUUGAAAUUUUUGAGUUUAUUUGAGUUGUUUGUGAUCUUCCAUUGAGAUACGAACAAAACCAGCUAUUAAUAAAACCCCUUAUGCCAUAAUAAUUUAAUUUACUGAGAAGAAUUGUAUGGUUAAGGGCCAUUUCAUUUAAUGUCCACACCCCCCCCCCCUACGGAUGAGUUUUUCUGAAGGGUGACUCAAGAAGUCGUUUCUGAGGGGUUAAGCAUGUCGGCAUCCUUUGAUCUCUUCGAUUUUUCUGAGGGGUAAGGGGAAAAUUUACAAAUUUCUGAGGGGUGUUCUGUGUCGGCACUUUCAUCUUUGUUUCUUAGGGGUUAAAGUUUUACGGACCUCAUCCGUAGGGGGGGUGUGGAUAUUAAAUGGAAUGGCCCUAACAGUGUCAAAUGCUUUUUGUAAAUCUAUAAAAAUACCACAAGAAAAUAACUUAUUGUCCAUAUUAUUUUUAAUUUUACUAACUAUAUCUAUAAGGGCAUGCUGUGUUGUGUUUCUCACAGAAACCAUAUUGUGUAGAAAAUAAGGUAUUCUUUUUCAGAAAAGAGGCAAUCCUGUUGUACAUCAGCUUCUCGUAAAUUUUAUUAAUAUUUGAGAGAAGAGAGAUAGGCCUAUAGUUUCCUGGAUUUUCGUCAUCGUCAUUUUUAUAUAUAGGUUCAAUUUUGGCAUAUUUCAACUUACUCGGGUACUUUCCAAUUUCUAUUGAUCUGUUUAUAAUUCUAGAUAGAGGUAUGGAUAAAACAGCUAGAUUGAGCACUUUUUAGGAUUCUUGCUGGAAAUGAGUACAACCCAUAAGCUUUAUUGUAAGAUAAUAGUUCUAUUUCAUUCUGUAUUUCCUCUGGUGUAAUUGGACUGAAUGAAAAAGAUCCAGACGGGGUGGGUCUCUUUAAAUAUUCAUGAUAAGCUCGAUGAAGGCAGCUGGGAUGUUAGCUUAUCACCAACAGUUGCAAAAUGUUUGUUAAAUAUGUUAGAAAUCUCAUAUGGGUCUUUAGUUAUCCUACCAUUAUUAGGUCUUUUAACUUGAGUAAUAGUAUGUUUAGUUUUCCUUUUUGUUAUUUAAUAAAUUAUUAAUUUCCUGCCAUGUUUUCUUCAUAUUGUGUAUAUUAUUAGUAAAUAAGUUAUGAUAAUAUUGCUUCUUAUUUAUACGAGUUUAAAUGGAGAUCUUGUUUCUAUAGAUUUUAUAUGUUUCUAUGUUACCUGAAGAUAAAAGCUUAUUUUUCACCUUUAUCGAUUUGAGUAAGCCCUUUGUUAUCCAUGGUUUUAAAAGCUGUUUUGUUUUACGUUUAGAUAUGGACUUUAAUG